CUAAACAGCUGACAAGCAUCUGAGAGGAUUUUAUUGAAAAUUUAUAAAUAUUGUAAAAUGCCAUUUAUUUUUUCAAUUGCUUGUUUUGAAGCCAAAAGAAGGCGUAAAAUUAUGGAAAUUAGGCGUAACAGACAUCUGAGGAAUGCCUCUAGCAUUCUUAAAAUUUCUGAAAAACGGUUUAUUCAGUCGUUCCGUCUAAGUAAGGAGUUAUUUUUAUUUGUUUUAAAUAAACUAAGUCCCCAUUUAAAGCCAUCGAGGCUGUCCCACUCAAUCCAAUUGGCUGCUGUCCUUCGCUAUCUGGCCAUUGGUUCCUACCAAUUGGCAAUAGCAAAGGACCACCAUAUCAACAUUGGCAGGAGUACAUUUGGCAAAAUACUGCACAAAAUUAUUCGAAAAUUGGAGAUUUUAAUAUGCAAUGAUACCAUCACAUUGAAAAUGACACCGCAGGAUAUGGAAAAGUCAAAGGAAUAUUUUAACAACAAGUUCCAGCUUCCUAAUAUUAUCGCAUGCGUAGAUGGCACACAUAUCCGCAUAAAGAAGCCCGUAAAUAAUGACUCUGUAUAUUUCAAUAGAAAGGGAUACUUUAGCCUUAAUGCCAUGGUGGUCUGUAAUUACAACAUGGAGAUAAUUGCUAUUGAUUGUACACAUCCUGGGUCCUGUCAUGACUCUUUUAUUUGGAAUAACAGUCAGGCUCGGUUAUAUUUCUCCAGGGCGCUAAAUGGACACUUUGUUUUGGCGGACUCGGGAUAUGCUUUAGAAAAUUUCGUUUUGACUCCAUUUAGGAGCGCUGAAAAUGGAUCUCCGCAACAUAUUUGUAACAAAAAACAUGCCGCUGCUAGAAAUAUUGUAGAGCGCACUAUUGGCCUACUUAAAAGCAGAUUUAGAUGCAUGCAACGGUCUUUAAAUUAUGAGCCCGGAUUUGCAUGUAGUAUUAUAAACGUAUGUUGUGCUUUGCACAACAUUUGCCGCAAGAAUACUGGACCAUUACAAGAUGAUUACUGUAGCUACGACGAAAACUUUGACUAUGAAGACCCAGCAACUGAGUUCGAAGAUCAACAAGAUGGCACUUCAAUAAGAAAUGAAAUAGCGCAAUACUUGUCACAGUAA